UGAGUAUAUAACCAUAUAUAAAUCAUCUUUCUACAAUUUCUAGAGUAUAGAAACCACGAAUUGAAUAGGAAGAAAAUGGAGAGGGUUUUCUCGGGCACUGGACUCGGGCAAAUGGGAAUGAUGUGGGAGCAAGUGCGGGCGCCAUUGAUCGUGCCAUUUAUGAAAAUUAUGGUGAUAAUGUGCUUAGCCAUGUCUGUGAUGUUGUUCGUGGAGCGUGUCUGUAUGGGUAUUAUUAUUGCUGUUGUUAAGUUGAUGAAAUAUAAGCUUGAAAAAAGAUACAAAUGGGAGGCGAUUAAGGAAGAUUUGGAGAUCGGUAAUCCGUGUUAUCCUAUGGUUUUAGUACAAAUACCAAUGUAUAAUGAAAAAGAGGUGUAUCAACUUUCGAUUGGAGCAGCAUGCGGGCUCUCAUGGCCGUCUGAUCGAAUCAUAAUUCAAGUUCUUGAUGACUCCACAGAUCCGAUCAUCAAGGAUUUAGUGGAGUUAGAGUGCAAGAGAUGGGCAGGAAAAGGAAUAAACAUUAAGUACGAAAUUAGAGGCAAUAGAAAUGGGUACAAAGCUGGUGCUCUGAAACAAGGCAUGAAGCACCCUUACGUGAACCAAUGUGAGUUUGUGGCCAUUUUUGAUGCUGAUUUCCAGCCCGAUCCUGACUUCCUUUGGCGCACCAUCCCUCUCCUCGCACACAACCCUGAACUUGCACUCGUUCAAGCUCGUUGGAAAUUCGUGAACUCAGAUGAGUGUUUGAUGACAAGAAUGCAAGAAAUGUCAUUAGAUUAUCAUUUUAUUGUGGAACAAGAGGCAGGAUCCGCGACACAUGCGUUUUUCGGGUUCAAUGGAACCGCGGGCGUUUGGAGGAUUUCAGCUCUUAAUGAGGCUGGUGGAUGGAAAGACCGGACGACUGUAGAAGACAUGGAUCUAGCAGUCCGUGUGAGUCUUAAAGGAUGGAAAUUUGUCUAUGUUGGUGACCUCAAGGUGAAAAAUGAAUUACCAAGUACUUUCCAAGCAUACCGCUAUCAACAACAUCGAUGGUCUUGUGGACCGGCUAACCUCUUCAAGAAAAUGAUCAUAGAAAUCGCAAGAAACAAGAGAGUGACAGUGUGGAAGAAGUUUUAUGUGAUAUACAGUUUCUUCUUUGUUAGAAAAAUCGUUGCACAUCUUGUCACGUUUAUCUUCUACUGUGUGGUAUUGCCCGCAACGGUGUUUGUGCCAGAAGUGCAAGUUCCUAAAUGGGGUGCCAUUUAUAUUCCUUCGAUUGUCUCUUUACUUAAUGCAGUUGGAACUCCACGAUCAUUUCAUUUGUUAGUUUUCUGGAUUCUUUUUGAGAAUGUCAUGUCUUUGCAUCGGACUAAAGGAACAUUCAUUGGUCUUUUUGAGGCUGGAACAAGGGUUAAUGAAUGGGUAGUUACUAAGAAACUUGGAGAAGCUUUAAAAGCCAAACCGGGUUCCAAAUCUACAAAAAAACCUCGACUACAAAUUGGAGAAAGUGUAUAUGUGCUGGAGAUAUUUGUGGGGGUCUACCUCUUCUUGUGUGGGUGCUAUGAUUUGUCAUUUGGGAAGAACCAUUACUUCAUAUAUCUCUUCCUACAAGCUAUGGCUUUCUUCAUCGUUGGAUUUGGCUACAUUGGCGUUUUUGUCCCCAAUUCUUGAAAACUAUAGGAAAAAAUAUCAGAGUUUCAAUUUACGAAGA